UUUUUUAUUCUUUUUCUCUCUUUUUUCUAAUUAAGCAAUUGUGAAUGAGACUUUUGAAUCUGCCGCUCAGUGGACGCGCGUAUUUCGUUGGCAACCCUGCGCUACUCUUUUGCGCCACGCUUCAGUUCGUACUAUUCUAACAGUUACGUAGUUACGUGCGUUUGAAACAAAACAUAUGAUUAAGAGUCAAUGAGUAGAAGGUAUCGUCGAUUAUUGUGUACAGCGUAUUAUUAUUAAGUUUUUAUUGAAAGAAAAUGCGUAUCGUAUCACAACGAAGUAUAUCAGUUUAGAUUGAGAGCGCGCGGAGUAACACAUGAAUGAUGGCUACAGCAGACGAUACAAGAUAUGGAGAACCGAGACCGUGAUACAUCGAUCGUUUAUUAAUGAUUCAUGUGCAUUUUAUUAAAUUUACGCGUUCGUAAAAUUCCCGCGCGCAAUACCGAAUUUUGAUUGCAUAUUUUCGGACGAUUUUCAAUUAGUUUUAAUUAGUUGUUAACUCGAUCUUAUCGUGUCGUGUAGCAUAAUAUUGGAGUGUGAAUUUUAUUUUCGAGUUUUUCGGUUAUUAGCGGAAUGACGCGGGCGUUGACUUCGAGCCGAACGAAACGAUACGUUUAUUUAAUAAAUACAAUCGUAAUUAAAGCAGUAUUUUAAUACUUAUCAACUGAUCGUUUGUGAUUUGUUUAAAGAUUUCCGUUGUUCGGGAUUACGUUUGAUUCACUAAUUUGCAAGAUUACCCAGUCGAGUGAAUGAAUAGAAUUUUCUAUUUCGUAGGAUUCUUUUGUCGCAACGUACAAUAGUAAAGUUAACGUCGCGCGUGUGAUUAACGUCGGAAGUGCGAUUAUCCUAUUUUUAGAUGAUUAAUAUACGCAAUCGUAAUUAACCGUGUUUUCGCGUAUGAUGCAUCGUGCGAGUGCAACGAAGAAAUCUGAGAGGAGGAGGAGACCUGGGAGGUAUCAGGCGACGGCGGAGCAACCGUGAGUUCAACGUAGUUUUCCAACGUAAUCACAACUCCGCUGCUGCGCAUCGUAUCGAAUAACGGAAUAAUAGAACGCGUGUGUAUCGCUCAAUUCUAACGAGGACCUUGACACGUGCCCUUUCAUCGACUCGAGUGUGCCCAGGAUAUUCCUAUUUCCUGCUACGUGAAGAUCGCCAGGUAUUCUGUCAGAUUUAACGAAUUCCAUGAAGGAAAUUCAAAACGAACAAAAUGAACCAGUGCGAAACCAUACUCCGUGAAAGCGGCAAAAGGUAAUUCUGAUAAAAAUGCGAUAUCACGCCAUCUGAGCGAAGCACGAACAGUAAGAUUUCGGUCAAAGCCGUAGCGCGUGUGGGUGGUGCAUGUGAACGAAAUCAAGAGAGUUGUGUGCGUGAUCGUGUAUUGCCUGCUAGGCCUCUGCUGUGGCCGCGUUAAAACGAGAAAGGACGAAGCGAUGGCGGAAAACGGCAGCAAUGUCACACCGGAAGCCACCGUGAUUCAGUCCGACUUUGAGGAGCAACAAAAGGAGUUGUAUCCCAACACGGUGGAACGUAGGAACAUUGCGGUAGAGAAUUGUGAUGUGAAAAACGAGAGAACGGCAAACGAGAAAGAAGAUAAGGAUGAUCAUCGGAUGGAAGCGAAAUCGGAUCGAGCGCAAGAAUUACAAAUACAGAUGCAACCGCAGGUGCAGCACACUGACACGCGAGCUGACAGAAAAAUCGAUACGAGUCCGGACCACAUAUCGGAUGCUGCAUUCAGCAGUCAAAGGGUCUACAAGAAAUCCUCGCCGAAUAAUAAGUUGACGCUUUACCUAGCCAGCAGAGAUAUUAUCGUCGGUGAAGGCAAGAACGACAACAAACUCCUAGGCGUCCUGUUAGUUGAUCCCGAGUAUGUGCGCGAAAAGAAGGUAUUUGGUCAAGUGACGCUGACUUUUCGCUACGGAAGAGAAGACGAAGAAGUAAUGGGCCUAAAAUUUUGCAACGAGGCAAUGAUGUGUCUGGCUCAAUUGUAUCCAUCCUAUGCGGGGGCUCAUCAUCUGGAAAGUAAGAGCCCACUGCAGGAAGCACUUAUCAAAAGACUAGGACCUAACGCGCACGCGUUCACCAUAGAAAUUCCAUCAAUCGCCCCACCAUCUGUACAACUAGUACCAGCUAAGGAAUACAAUGGCCCGCCCAUAGGUAACAGCUACGACGUCAGAGUUUAUGUUGCGGAACGGGCGGACGAACGAUUGCACCGUAAAACCACCGUCAGGAUGAGUAUCCGGGUGAUCCAGCGAGCCACAAAGCCGCCCUUACCCUCGUCGACUAUGUACAGCGUGCCUCCCUCGACUAUGUACAGUGUGCCUCCCUUUCAAGAGUCAUCGACUGGCUCGAGAAUCCAAGGAUCCAAAACAAGAGUGGCGUUAGCGGAAAAUGAGAUCAUCGAGGACGAUGAUAACGUGGGACCACAUGCGGUAGUAGAAAAGCCAUUCUUAUUAAGCGACGGUCGCGUCAGAUUGGAAGCAGGGUUAGACCACGCGAUCUACGAGCAUGGAGAUUCAAUCAACGUUCACGUCAAUGUUAGCAACACUAGCAGCAAAUCAGUAAGGAGAAUAAAGGUAAUUGUCGUGCAAUACGUGGACGUUUGUAUGUUCAGCAACGGCAAAUUCAAGAAUGUGGUGGCCCUUAUGUCCUCGCAAGACGAUUGUCCCUUGGGUCCAGGUAGUAAUUUGAGAAAGACCUACGCUCUCAAACUUGUUAAGGGUACGACUAAAAAUUGGAUCGCCUUAGAAGACAGCUAUACGAAAACCGGAGCGAGUCUGGCGUCAACGGUUGUUAAUCCUAAGAACGGACCUGAUGAUAGAAAUGUUUAUACGAUUUACGUAUCUUAUUAUGUGAAGGUCAAACUGUUCAUAUCAGCGAUGGGCGGUGAGGUAUCUUUAAAGCUACCAUUCACACUGAUGCACAGUAAUACGGAUGCGGAUCUCCUGGAAUCCCCUAUCCGAGAGGCACCGAAGGAAUUUGGAAAGAGCAAGAGCGAGGUUACGCAGAAAUCCGACAGCAGUAGUAGCCAUCAGAAUAACGAGAACAAACUGAACGCGAUUAAGGAACAGAAGAACUCGAGGGUGACCGACGUGGAUCUUAUAGAGCAUUGUGAGGAGAGUGACAGCACCUGAGAACAGGCGCAACGAGGCGACGCGAUGUCGCAGCCGUCUGUCAGGAAAAGCAGCGAUGCGAAGACCAUCAAGAAUUCGAAUCACAAAGCUUGCAGACUCAGCGUCAGUAUCCAACGAGCUUGGUGUUGCUUCAGAAGGGCCUCUUAGUAAAACGAAUAAGUGAAACUCUCGUAACACAUCAGUGAAAACUGACUGAUAGCGUUUAACUUGCACUAUCAUUGUAAUUCCUUCUGUUCUCUCGAAAAGCAAGCUUGCAACGAUUGCACAAAAUAAAAGAAAAGAAGAUAAGAUAAUGUACAGUAAACCUUGUCAAUUGUCGUUAGAAUCGUUGGAUGUACACGUAAAUGUGAAUAUCUUGAUUUCUUUCGGAGAAAAUAAAGUGUAAAUUUGGAGAUUAUCAAAUUAUAUACAAUUUUGAGAAAACAAUGAACUUAUUGCGUUUUAUAUUUUUUUCGUAGAGGAAAUUGUAUAGAAGUCCGAUUAAAAGAUUUUAUUUUCGUGAAGAAUCGGAAAGUUUUACAUCAUGCAUUCGUAUUAUAUUUAUUGUAACAAGAUCGUAAAAGAAACUCUGAUCGUUCUCGAUAAGAGGAACGUUUCAAUGAAUAUCAUCAAUAUAAGCAAGUGUGUGAAGUUGCUACUAAUGUAUCAUACGUAAAUCGUAUUUCUCAGUAUGAAAGAAACAUAGAUUUCAUUGAAAAUUUAUGAUUUAUUAAUAUUUUCGCAUAUAAAUUUCCAUUUAAAACUUUCAUGUGAAAGAGGAAAAUCUCUCAAGAUAUAUAUGCUGUAUAUUUUCACAACGUUGAACAAGAUCAAGACGAUAUACGUAUACACAUGUACAGUAUAUUCUUAUAACCUACGGGAAUUUUAUCGCUAGCUACCCAAAACUUCAUGAAUAUAAAUCAUUUGAAAUUGUUUGUGUUUUUAUACUUUCCUAUUCGUUUAACAAAUGAGAAAUCUCCUACUGCCACCUUAAUCACUCGCAGACUCUCCGUUCAUUAAUUUGAAAACGAAGGAAUAGAUGAAAUAUUUUUUCAUUCUUAUAUACAAAUUAUAACUAUAUAAAAUAAUAUACCAAAUUAAAAAUGUCAAAAAUAUUUUUGCAAGGAGAUGAUCUAUUUUUUAUUAUAAUCAAUGUACAAAUUAUCUCACUAUAUCACACAUAAAAUUUGAAUCGUGUAUCUUUUGAUAAUUGUAUAAACUUGAUUUCUUUUUAAAAAAAUUCCAAAGUUUUAAGCAAGAAUUUUAAAGACAAGUUGUUCGAUCUUAUAAUCAAGAAUACCAAAAUAAAAUAUUUUGAAACGUAUUCGCAAAUGAAAGUAUAUUUAAACUUAACUGAAAUAAAUUAAUUAACGUAUAUCUCUGUAAUUAAUAUAUGUGUCUGUAAUAUCAAUUUCACAAAAAAAAUUUUCUGAUUUUUAUGUAAACUUCAAAUUCACAAUAUUUAUUAUUAACAUUUCAUUUAAUGAUAAUAAAACAUUUUACACAAUUAUUUUUUCGUCUACAAGUAAACAUUACACUGACUGACCAAU